AUGGAAGAACAAUGUAGAAUAGAUAAUGAAAAGACCUUCCAGAAGGCAUUGUCACGUGCUGAACCUAUUGGUAAACUGGCAAAGUACUUGUUGGCACAUGAACGUCAUUUGCUAGACACUGGUGCACUGCUCAAUAUAACACAUAGAGGAUCAACAUCAAUAUGGCUAGAGGCACCCAGUACCAUACCACCAGUCGACAUGACCAAUGUAUAUCGUCCAAUGGGUGACAUCGAAGUACUCUACCUCGUGACCAACCAUCAUCUUCCUGACACUCAACCAUACCAAGCAAUCAUUGAAGGAGAGAUUGGAAGAGCAUAUGCAAAUAAGUACUUGACUGGAAAGAAGUGGACAGAUACUAAUCCUUCGACUGUUGUGGAGUUCACUUGUCCAAAGAGUUUGGUUGAGAAGCUAAAGACGAUACAGAUGAAGGUGGAAGAUGGUGCACUGUCAAUGGGUCUGGGAAACAAAGCAGGUGGUGGCCUCAUUCACUUCAACGAGAGUAUGAUCAAUGGACAAACAACCUAUCGCAUCGUCAAGAUUAAGCGUGGACCACCAGAAUGA